AUGCUCGAGGGCUGCCACGGGUCUCCCCGUCCCCAAGCACGGCGCGAGGUUACAGCCAAGACUGCCUUCCUGUUUAUCUUACCUCAGUAUAAUGUUAGUGUGCCUACAGCAGAUGGGGAGCUGGUCCAGUAUCACUAUGGGCUGACGGAUCUGGUCACCAUCCUCUUCUACAUCUUCAUUGCCAUCAUCCUGCAUGCGGUGGUGCAGGAGUACGCCCUGGACAAAAUCAACAGGCGUCUCCAUCUCUCCAAGGUCAAACACAGCAAGUUCAAUGAAUCAGGACAGCUGGUUGCCUUCCACCUCACCUCCGUGAUUUGGUGCUUAUACGUCGUGGUGACGGAAGGAUACAUAUCAAACCCCCGAAGUCUGUGGGAAAACUACCCUCAUGUUUAUCUUCCGUUCCAGGUGAAGUUCUUCUACCUGUGCCAGCUGGCGUACUGGCUGCAUGCCCUGCCGGAGCUCUACUUCCAAAAAGUUCGCAAGGAGGAGAUUCCCCGCCAGUUGCGGUGCAUCGCGCUCUACCUGGUGCACAUCGCCGGCGCGUACCUCCUCAACUUAACCCGCUUGGGGCUGAUCCUCUUGCUGUUGCAGUACUUAGCCGAAUUCUUCUUCCACAUGGCCCGGCUGGUCUACUUCACGGAUGAGAACAACGAGAAGCUGUUUAAUGUCUGGGCUGUCGUGUUCGUGGUCACCAGGCUCUUCACCCUCACCUUGUACAUCCUGGUCAUCGGCUUCGGGCUGCCACGGGUGGAGAACCAGGCCCUCAACCCUGAGAGAGGAAACUUCUUCAGCUUUCUCUUCAACAAUAUCCUCUUCAGAAUGAGUGUGCUGCUGUUGGUGUGCCUCUUCCAGGCUUCGGUGAUGUGGCGCUUCAUCCACUUCCAGCUGCGGCGCUGGCGGGAGUACUGGAACGAGCAGAGCAGUCGGAAGCGAGCCGCUGCCGCUGCUGGCACCAAGCAGCAAGCCAAGCCGCUCAAGAGGGACUCGGGUUACCAUGAAAACGGAGUGGUGAAAGCAGAGAACGGCACCUCACCGCGAACCAAGAAGCUGAAAUCACCGUAGAAGAAAGGCUUUGGCUCCUGGGGAGGAGGGCGAGAUACCGGGACUAAGCAGCAGCCCCUCCUCCCGGUCCUCACGAGCGUCAUCUUGGAACAGCUUGGAAACCGGUCAUCUUCCCAAGGUGUCUCUCGCUCUCCUCCCUUCCUUUCUUGCUCUCUUGAACCGUUUGCAAUAAAACCAAAAAGGUCCCUUUCCCUGCUCCCUUCCCCUCGUAGGAGCCUUUUCCAACCCUCCCGGUUUUGCCUUCCUCUGUUUCAUCGUAAAUCAGUGUGCAAUUUUUUUUCUUUUCUAUUUUAGUGUUUGGUUAUUUUGGAUUAUUGUUACAAAUGCAUCGUAGGUGGUUCCGAACAAUCCUUUUUGAUUCUACAGCAUGUUCCUCCCCUCUCUCCAUGGUGCUUCCCUGAGCCCUAGGGUCAGGGCCACAGCAGCUUGAAGGCACCACAUGUCUGUUACGGGAACAGGCUCCUGGGGGAAUGCGCUGGGGCUCCGUGACCCUGAGGCUCGGGGAUGCUCUUGGGCAAGAGUAGCCUCUCCUGGGGCACAUCUGGCCAAUGCUUGGCAAGUGCCACAGGCUGGUGGUGCUGCAAAUAGAGACCAGGGUCUGAGGGAGGAACCUCAACUCUGUCUUGUCUCAUGGUGGACUUCUGGUUAAGUGGGGUUCCUCUGGGCCCUGGUUUUGAGCUAGUUUUGGAGAGCCGUUCCUCCAAAGGGAGGAGAAGGGAGAGAUGUUCCUCUUCUUA